GUAUCUUACUAAGCUAUAUUAUAACUGCAUUAUAAAUCGAACGAACGCGUAAGAACUUCCGAUUCCGCCACCCACGACGACCUCGUUCACAGUCACUUCACAUUCUGCGUCCUUACGCUUCCCAAGACUCGUCACUAAAACCAACAUCCAGCUGCAAAUCACAGCGCACUGCACGAGUCGGUCGUCGACUCACUUGGCCGCGAUGGCGUCGGUCGCGCACUCGCACUCCCUGUCCACACCCGCUGUCACCCCUAAACGCUGCUGCCUUAGCGCUCUGACCUCGCCGCUAGCUCGAUGCAUCGGGCCGCUGGGCCACGCAGCGGCUUCUCGGGCAGCGCCGACGUCCCACGCCUCAGCAAGCUCUGGUCCCGCGCUCUCAGUGCACGCCUCCGUUUUAACGCCCCAGCCCGCAGCUCUGGUAACACCGCGUCCCCAGUCGCCAGCAGUCCCUGCGCCUCUCGCACCGACUCUCAGGUCACUGCUGCUCUCCGCAGCCUCCAGCUUGCCGUGCACGCUGCUGGCAGCAGCUGCCUGCUCCGCUGCGGAGCGCUCGGCCUCCGCCGCCGCCACCGCCGCAGCACCAGCAUCAGCAUCAGUGGCAGCAGCACUGACGUUUGAGCCUCGGGCACCGGAAGCGGGCGUGCUGGCAGCCCAGGUGCUGGUGCUGCUGCUGACGGCGGGCGCUGGCGCGUACUGGUGGUACGUGGUGGUGCCGACGGAGCGCGCGGCGGUGGGGCGUAGCAAGCGGCUGGGCGCCCUCAACAACUACCUCGGAGAGCUGGAGGCGCCGCAGGCGACACAGGAGCGCAAACUGGAGCGCUGGUUCUACACCGACUGGCUGCAGCAACGCGAGAAGCGCCGCCAACGGCUGGGCAAGCCUGCGGCGUCAGCCGCCGCUGCCGGCUCUGCGGCAUCUCCCGCCGCUGCCUCUCCCACGGCAACCCCUGCCGAUGCCUCCGAUGGCGGGGCCCCGAGCCCAGAGGACCCGUACACUGGCGAGCACGUGCCGUACAGCGAUGACCUGCUGCGACCCACUGUGGAGACGCCCACGCCGCGCUUCUUGUCCCUGGACAACCCGUUGGUCGCCACGGCGGCGCUGCUGACGCUGGUGGGCGUCGUGUCCACGCUUUUGCAUGGGUAAUGGGUGUGAUGAAGUGGCCUAGGGUCGUCAGCGCCCCAAGGGAUACAUUGCGGCUUUUCGUGUCCACUGGGUAGGUUGGGUAGAUAAUCAUGCGAACAGUGUGUAUCAAAGAUAGAAGUGCCGAGUACCCCUGCACCUGGCUUUCGUUCUCUUUGUACGUCAGGACGAUGAGAAAUGCUUGCUAAUACGACGUAUCAGUGGUGGGGGCUCAGCCUGCUGUGUUGAUGCUGUGUUGAGAGUGGGCAGUGGAGGCGUGCAGGGAGCGGCUGCGUAGAUUAACACAGGUGUCCUUGCUAGGACUGUGGGCUACGAGGAUGGGGGUUGUCUCGCUUGGAGCGCAAGUGGCGUGAGCAAGGCUGCAAGGGCUGUGCAGUGUGCAGUGCCUGGCAGUGUUUGUGAAGGCGUUGCGGCGUCGGCACGUGCACACCUGAUAUGAAGGCUACUACCACAUGGGAAAUGCAAGCCACCUAUGUGAUGCACGUUUGUGAUGCUACCGUUGCUAUUGUAUAGGAGUAGGACUGGCACGACGAGAGGAUAGUAACGAACGGGGCAAGGCAACGGGGAGCAUGUCAUUGGAGUAUGGAAAGUAGCGACACUCAGCGACUGGACUUGCCGGCUAGCGGGCACUGGCGCUGAGCAGCAGGAGACACAUGGCAAUCGCUUGCAGAGCUACACAGGCAUGAACUGCAAGGUCACUAGAUGAGGCAGGCUUUGGCGGCCCGGGUGUAUCACGCCCGGGACAGAGGAAUACCCACAGCUGCAACACUAUUGUAACUCAAUAUCGAG